UCUUGCUGCUGUUGGGAGGACUAUGGCGGCCUGGGAAGCUCUGCUGAAUAGCCACUCAGAGGACAGCAGUGCUGUGGACCUUCCAUCAGCAUGUGACAUCAGAGAUUAUGUCCUGCAGAGACCCAGUGAAAAGGCCAACAGCGAGGCUUUUAGUUCUGCGGAAUUCCUUUCUUUGCCUUGCUCUUCUGAUGUGGAUCCAGACACCAGCAGUCCAAACAUUGGACGAAGUGACUCCUGGGCCUCUGAGAACUUCUGGCUGGACCCUUCUGAGAAAAGCCAACCAGAGACCAAGGAAGACAAUGAUGGACUUCGGGAAUCCCUGGAUAGGUUCUAUGACAGGUUUGGCCGUCCGCAGCCAGCCUCUGAGAAUCCACUUUCUGCAUCUGUGUGCCAGUGCUUGUCUCAAAAGAUCAGUCACCUGAGAGACCAGGAGAGCCGAAAGUACGCCCUCCGCAGUUUUCAAAUGGCCCGAGUCAUCUUCAGCAGGGACGGCUGCUCAGUCUUAGAGAAGCAUUCCAGAGAUAUCCACUUCUACCCACUGGAGGAAGGAAGUACGUCUCCGGAUGAUGACAAGCCAAUUCCAGGCCUUUCCAAAGAUAUUAUUCAUUUCCUCCUACAGCAGAAUGUGAUGAAAGACCGACAGCUGGUGCCUGGCCCAGUGCAUAGGUAGGACUGGGGGGCUGCAUCACGGCAGGUCCUGCUGGUGGGCUACCCAGAUCUCCUGGGAUCUCUUGCCAGCUCUGUGUACCCAAUCCCAGCUCAGUGCUUUGUGACCUGUGAGCUGAUAUUGGAGCCAGUGUGCCUAUACCGAGAGCCAGCAGGGUCUGGGAGCUGGAUAUCCCCGUGGCUGCCCCACCCACAACUCCCUUUGGCCAAGGCCACCAACUAUAACCUUUAGGAGCCAACAGCCCAGCUUGCCUGCCUCAAGGAAGGACAUACCUGAGGCGUCAUUUAUCCUCCAGAGCUCCCUCCCCUCAAGAUCAGGCUGAGGCCGACUUUCCCUGAACUCACUCCCUUGCUGGGCUUCCUCCCCUCCCAUUCAUGCACCCGUGUGUCCAGGAGCUUCUCCUUAAUAAACCUCUUAGAUCUGAAGCCUUCACUCAGCAUCCUUCUGGGAGAACCCGACCUAUGAUAAGAGGUUUUUAUGAGAUGAGGUUUUGGAAGGGUACCAAGCUCUCUGCUAAAUCAGGUAAAAGAAUGACACCACAUUGUAAAAUCGAGGCUGUGUGAUGGACGGGGUUUUGUCUUUAAAUGUGGUUCCAAAAAGUACGUCACAUCUUAAUCACACUUACCCUGCUUCCUCUCUAAAGCCAGAAUUCCGUGUUUUAUCCUACCAGCUGGGUGCGGAAAGAAUGUUUGGACCAUCUACAAUAACAGCUAAAAUUUACAAAA